GCAGAUGCCGGAAGUCAAAAGGAGGAAGAGAGCCGGCCGGAAACACAAGAAGAAGGUAUGCAGGUGUGGCCGCGUUCACCACCGAUCGCCUCGCGGGCACAGAGCGCCGCGGACGGUCAAGGGAAGGUGCUGAAUAAGUUGCAGCACGCCUUGAAUGGCAAUAGACCGUCUGUUGACCUAGCGGUCAAGGUCCUGGUCGGCGCAAGUUUGAUUCCGCUCGCCUGGAGGACGGAGCAGGAAGUUGAGGAGGUGCUUGACAGCAUCAGCAGCCUCAGUUCCAGGGUGCUCUUCGAGAUCGAAGAGACGACAGCUCAGACCAUCCAGAUCACCGGCCUGAUCUGUAAGUCGGCGGUCUUGGGGCUUGGGAUCAUGGGGCUAUGGUUCCUUGGCCGAACUGUCGCCAAUAGGCUUGUGCGAGCUUAUCAUGGAAACACCCUGCCUGCAAAACUUUUGGAGUACAAACCCGAUGGGCAGACAAGCUGGGAGGUGUCCGGAUCGAAAGGAAAGCACGUCGUGUGGAUGCGGUUAACCACGCCGCGCCAAUCGGCUUGUGCCUGUCGAGGGUUCAUUGAUGCAGGGACGUGCGGGCAUAUUGAUGCCGCCGUCGAACAAGCUAGAAUGAUGGGAUUGGGCCCAAGUCGGGCCGUCCAGUUUGAAGAAGGAUCUGUGGUGAAAAAUAAAGGUGCAGCAGCUCUCAAGAGUAUGGGUGUCAGUGGUCGCUCCACGGAGGCUCUUUGCUUCACGGGGGUAGUGAGCAAGGCUCAGCGUUUGUUCAGCGCUGAUGAGUCCAAGGAGACGACUGCAGGGUGCUUCAAGGAGCUGACGCACGGAAGAGUCGAUGAAGACUUGCAACACGCGGUCCGUGAGAAGGACGCGGUUGCCGCGGUGCGCGCACCUCGGCCCAAGGGCGGCGCGUCGUCAGCAGAGAUCACGGUCGAAUACUUAAAGGACCGUGCAUCACAAGAAGCGGUGAUCGACUUGCUAGAGCGACACCCUGACUCUGCUGUUUUUCUGGCUGCCUACAGUCUGGACCAGCCAGAUUUGACCAAAGCGUUCGCCAAGCAUAAAGGGAAGAUCGAAUUGCUUGCCGACGCGGGUCAGACCCACCGGACGAAGCUUCAGCUUCAGUCUUUGCUGGAGAUUCGUUCAGGUGGGCAUUCCGUCAGGGUCGCAAGAGGGCAAAGUCUUGCGAAGACCUACAAGGAAGACGGAAGAGCAGUCAGAGUUGGAGCCAACUUGAAAGGUAUCCAACACGCCAAAAGCUGUUUGGUCAUGACUGCUGUGCACGCGUACUUGGUGCUGGGCUCUUGCAAUUGGACAACGUCGUCAAAGUCCAAUCGUGAGUCAGGGUUGUUGCUGACUAUGCCCAAGGAGCACCAGUCCGUCCGGGAUUUCCUGAGCCACUUCUCGGAGUCCUGGGACGCGGGCGCUUCGCUGGAAGAAGUGCAGUUCCAGCAAAAUAAGACCCAAGGAAGGUCGCGGUCUGUGAGACGCGCCAUGAGUAAGGAAGUUGCUGGAGAAGAGGAGGGCGUGACCCUAUCGGAGUGCAUAGCCGAUGGUCGCGUUCCCGUCCCUGAUAAGAUGUCCUUCCCAAAGUGGCAGGCUUGGCGACGGAAGGAAGGAAGGCGUCCGGUCAAGAGAAAGGACGGACGCGGGAUGAGAACGGAUGAAGAGGUGGCUUUGUGGAAAGCCAUCAUGAUGGAAUACUAUGGCGAGGAGGAUAGCGAGGAAGACGAUGAUGAAGAAGAUGAGGAGUCUUCCGAGCUUGAACCUGUUCGAGGCCCGGUAGUGGUAGGGCCCGAGCGGGCGGCUGCGAGCAAGGCGGCGCCGCUCAUGUUGGCACGGACUGGAGCUGGAGGUUCUAGUCCUCGCCCGUCCUCAGCUGGGACUGGUGCAGCUGAUGUUGAUGAGCUGCUGAAGCAGCUGCAGCAGUUGUUCCGGCCGGAUCAGGAGGACAUGGGAGCGCUUCUGGCCAGAGUCACCCGUUUGGUGAUGGCUUUGAAGACGCUAGGACAUGAAGUCAAGACUGAGGACCUGGAUCGAGUCACGUUGAAAGCCGAGGUCAUCCAGGAAGCCUAUGAUCGGGUUGGAACUUGGGAUGUGCGAGCCCUAGUUCGGACCUUGCGGAAUCAGUUCGCCUUUGUGGCACUGGAUUCGAACUUGUCAGAUGAAGACAAGACUUUGAAGGCAGAAGUCCUGGGGCAGGUCAUCCUAGGGCUUGGUGGAAAGGAAAGUUCCAAGAGUGACAAGUUGUUCAGCACGCCUUCGGUUGAGGGCCCGGUUCUCGACUCGCCUACUCGGGAGGCCGUGUCACUGACGGAAGUGGGGCGCGCUGGACUUGCAAAGCACACGACUGGCGGAGGGGAUUCGCCGUUGCGUGCAAAGGUCGCCGCUCUCGAGAUGGAACUGGAGGCUCUGAAGAGAGGGUCUGAAGGUUCCGUGGCUGGUGGGGAUCUUGCAGCUGCCUUGGAGGCACAGACAAAGAUGCUGCAGGAGACUCUGACGGCAAGGGGAGGAGUUACUAGUGUGACUUCGGUGAAAACCGAUGUCAACUCACCCACGCUGACGGAUGAUCGUUCAGAGGCCAGAGACGUGGCACAGUUCUAUGAAGAGUUCGAGGACUGUUGCUCGUUGGCCAACAAUUGCAAAGGUAUGAGCUACCGCGAGCAGUUGAUUGCCUUGCGUGCCCGUUGCAGAGGCAGCAGGCUCAAGACGUACACGAACAUCUAUCGCGCAGCGUGGCGGAGCGGUGAAAUCUUGACUAAUCCGGAGACGGUGUAUACUCGGAUUAAAGAGAAGCACCUCAUCUUUGCUGAGAGCAAGGAGGAGAAGGAAGUUCGUGUUGACAACGAACAUGUGCUUUUGAGCAAGGGACGCUUGAGUGCCCAUCAGUUCGAACCCCUGUUCGAGGCCAGUAUUUCGGAACUCGAAUCGGUUGGUUUGGGCAAGACCCAGAGAGAGCUUUAUCUCUCGUACCUGCGGAAGAUGCCUCCGUAUCUACAGAAAGAGAUCCGGAGUGACAAACGGCUUUGGAAAGGAGAGGCGACACUUCGCGGUCCGGCCACAUGGGAAGAAGCCCAUCGAGUGGUUUUGGAGAUUGAGCAGAGGGAGGCUACUCAUAAGGCCACUGCUAACUCCGUGCUUGUUGCUGGAGCAGACAUGUCCGGCAUGGGUUCGGGGCAACCGCUGGGUGGGAAGCAGCUCCUCCAAGAAGAGAAGAAACCAAAACCAAAGCCGAAGGCAAAACCCAAGGCUGUUCCCGAUGCGAGUGUUCUUACCACCAACGCCCGGUCCACGAAACUAUGCUUUCAUUUCCGAGACCAUGGGAAUUGUCCUAAAGGGGAUGCGUGUCCGUGGUCGCAUGACAAGGAGCUUCGUAGGAAGGCCCUCGCGGCAAGGAAAGAAGCCAGCGGAGGGAAAGGAGCGGAGCAGACUUAUGCGACCAAAGGCGGGAAAGGAGGAUCCGAAGGGAAAGGAUCAGAGAAGGGAUCUGGUGGCGGCAAGGGCGGACCCAAAGGAGGAAAAGGGAAGAGCAACAAGGCUCCAGGGACCGUGUGCCCUUUCUUCCAAAAGAACGGUGCUUGCCGCAAGGGUGCUGACUGUGACAUGGUGCACAGUCUUCCUGCUUCGUCAUCGCAGCAAGGCGGUCCGCCAGAGAAUUGGAGAGCGCCGUCAGGUGCCGCUAUGUCGAACCCUUUCGCUGCCUUUUCCGUCGAGAUCGGCAGUGCCACUGUGAAGUCAGCGGCAAAUGAUAGGGUGCUGAGUUUGGCAAAACCUGCGGGCGACAGGCCGCGGUUUUCGUCUUUGGAUGAUAUUCCCAAGGACUGGUUUCAUCUAGUUGAGAAUGAAGCUGGAGGAUACCAGUACAAAUCGGUGGUUAAGGUGCUCGACCGCAAGGUGGAAGUCAUGCUCGACGGUUGUGCGGGUUCGAACCAUAUCACCGAAGAAUUGGUCACAGGGAUGUUGAACCGUGCAGCGGAUCUGGGCAUUAGUCCGGAAGAUCGCCGGUUCCCUGUGCUUCGUUUUGAGAAGUGGACGUACCCUGAGUUCGUCCAUGGUAUUGCAGCGGGCUCUCCUGUGCCGUUGAAGGGCGCAGUUGUGCUCCGCGUGACCUUGUUGGAAGGAGAAGAUCCAGAGAGCGCUCGAGAUGGCCCGGAAGUGUUUGUCCGUUGUAAGGUUGCUUCGCGCGGAACUUCCGAUUGGCAUGGGCUGAUUCUCGGUGGUCGCGCCUUGGAUCAUCCUUCGCGUAUGGGGCUUGGUUUCCGUCCAGGUCCAAACGGGCAUGUUCUCGACACGCUGGGCAUCACUAUGCCGCGGUGCGAGGACUUGUCGCGAAUGAGGCGUGAUAGAGCCUGCGCGUUCUCUUCGGUGAUCUCCAGUCUGGAUGAUUCUUCCUGUUGCGAGCCUGGAGACUCGAGAAGGCAGCUGUUGGUGUAUGAUGGAGAGGACACCAUCUCUGUGGAAGCCGGAGAAGGAGCCAUGUUGCCAGUGAAGAGGACCUCGAGACCAUGCCUCGACGGGUCCUUAUGUGAAGGGGUUUUCCCCGUUGAAGGUGGUCUUGAAGCGGUCCCGGGGAUCUGGCCUAGCGGGAUUCUUUCGGGCAUGGUUCUAGUGGCUUCCCCAGACUCGGAUGUGCUGGUCCAGCCAGGCGAUCCAGUCGCAGAGGUCCGAGCUGGACUGGUAGAGACGAGCAUCUGCGAAUGUGGCUUGAUGGACACGUCGUUUGUUGUGCCUAUGGGAGGUGACCAUUGCGAAGCGUGCGGCACAGCGCGAUUGACGUCAUUUGAUCCGUGUGUGGAAUGUGGGUCAAAAGAGCGAAAGGCGGUGAGAGAUCUGCAGGGCUGCCGUUCUUGCCAGCGGUCCUUUGGGGGAUGCGGCAGGAAAGCGGGCUAUGGCUUGAUGGCCGCUUUGGUCGCAGUCUCUGUGAUGAAUCAUGGCUUUGGAGCUGGGGGCGCCCUUGCGGAAGGUGCUUCCAAGCUCGAGGACCCCGAGGUCCAUACGUUCCUUGAAACCAUCCCUGGAAGUGGUUGGUGGGAUUGGAAGGGUGGCAUGUGCUACGUCACUGAAGUUGCAGAGCGGGCUUUUGAGCCGCCUGCCGCGUCUCCGGCCUUUCGUUUCCUCUCAUUGGUUUUUCGGUCGGGCAACGCUGGAUGGUCGGUCGCCGCGUUCUUUACGCGGCAUGGUCCAGAAUGGGCAGGGUGGUUGCCAGGUAGCGCGACCAGCGGACUCAAGAUGAGUCGCGGUCUGCGGCAGAGUGAUGGUGUGGACACUGUCAUGAAUCCGUGUCUUCACAUAGUAGAGUCUGUGGAUUUGGAAAAGAUGGGCGAAGAGACGCCUACAGACUACUACUAUGAACAGUUGAGGAAGGAUCUCGGCGAGCGAUAUCCGAAGGCAGAUCCUUUCUUGUUGGACCACCUUGUCUCGCUGGAGGGCUUUUUGGACAAGUCGAUCAUUUUUGGCUUUUCGUUCGGCGUUUCCAAAGCCGAGAUUUGCGUGGAGCAUGGCAAGCUCCUCGGACAUCUGAUCGGGAGGCACGGGAUGCUACCUGAUCCGGAAAGAUGCCAAGCUGUGGUAGAUUUCCCUCCUUUGAAGGAGAAGGUUCACAUCCAGCAGUUCCUUGGAUGUGGGAAUUGGUUGAGAGGCUAUUUGCCGUCUGAAUUCGGACAUGUAGCCAAGCUCCUAGGAGCUUACCAGAAACCUGGGGUUGAGUUCCCAGAAGGAGGCAUCGGGUCAGGAGAUUCCGAGGCCUGUAAGGCGUUCAAGGCGAUCAAGAAGAUGAUCUGCGACCAUAUCGCUUUGGCGACCUUUGAUGAAGCUUCCGCAGCCGACGGCUCUUGUCCGCUGGAGCAGAUCGCGGAUGCUUCCGGAAUCGCAGUUGGAGGAACUGUGCUCCAAAUGUCGCGGGAUAUGAUCAGAAUGAAGAUCCUGCUGACCCACUCUCGUUCUCUCACCCCUGCUCAGCAGCGAUGGCCGCCGCUGAUCCAGGAAGCCUACGCUCAAUUAGAAGUGAAAAGAGCGACUCGAAAGGUUUUCGGGACGAUCAGGACCCUUUGUUGGACUGAUCACGCGAACCUGACAAGGGCGCAGUCCAGUGACAUCGGGGUAGACUCCAAGCUGGUUCGAUGGGUUUCUGAGAUCCUGUCGGAUGGGUCAGGGAUCCGGAGUCUUAGCGGAAGGUCAGCGCGGCUGGGUGAUGGCUUCAGCAGAAAUCCUAAGGAUAGGGAUGCGCUGUUGGAAGCUAGAACGAAGGACCUGUCGGCACUGUCAGGCCAGUUGAGAGGGUUUGACCUCGAUGAGUAUCUGGGGGAAGGAGUGGAGAAUGAUGAGGUUGUUGCAUGGGCGGUCGGAAACGACGCCGUGCCUGAGCAGAAGCGGGAGUCCCUGAGGCCAACAGAUCAGAUUGGGGUUGCUGCGGCCGGGCAGGCGCGCAUCCUGUUGGUCAUGGACUACAAGUCCAUUUUGGACGAUGAGCGCGUAGAAGAGUCAUUACAGGAUGAACCUGAGCCAGGGCUGGAAGUGGAUGUUCUGGCCAUGUCCUUGUCAACUUGUGGACAUGCCGGCUUUAGGUCCAUCUCUGUGAAGAUUUUGGAAAGUUGGGGAAAGGCCGGUAAGGAGGUCAAGCACACUUCCCAAUGUGAGACCAAGUUCGGUGAGCUGUCUGUUCUCCGUUGGAAGUCAGCCUCUGACAAAACGAACUUGGGAAAAGGUAAGGCCAGCCUCCCUUACAUUUCUUCUUGGGUUGUAGAUAGCAAGGGAGUGGUUCUGACGGGGCACCACUGCUGUCGGGAAGAAGUGAGCCGACCGUCGCCGUUGAGCUGGGGCGUCGAGUCGAUAAAUUGGCAUAACCACAGGGUCUUGGUGACUCAGGUGUGUGAAGCCGUGUGGCGUACUGGUAGCAUCAAUGGAUUGCCAUCCAGAUUUCAGAGUCUCCUUCAUCUUCUUGGAAUCCCUGAGAGAGUCCAGUGUUGGGAUGACGGAGACGGGAAGCAAUCCUUGGGGCGCCGCAAGUCACUCAAGGCUCACCGCGUCCUCGUGUCCUUUCAGGAGAAUGAAGAAGGGCACUGGGAUGAGAUCAAUUUGGCAAGAAAGAUUCGAUUGUGUGAAGGACGCCGAAGGCGUACCUUGGCCUUCGCGGGUCGCGAUGACCGCGGGCCCCGUGUCGUGCUGUGGCUGAGAUCGCCGUGUUGGAUCCUCACCACUUGGCCUGAUGAAUUCUCCGGAAAGGCAGGCACUAUCACGGAGGAGGCAUGGGGAGACCGAGAGAGUUUGGCCAGGGAAGCGAGAGAUGCGUCUGGCAUCUCGGAGUUCAAGGGGCGAAUCGUGUGGUCCUGGUUGGAAGCUCAUCCACCUUCGCGCAUUGAUUUUUGGGAACUUUUUGCUGGGCAAGCAGGGCUCACCCUCGCUGCGAGGCAGAGAAGGUUGAGCGUUGCGCCACCGUUGGAUCGACUCUAUCCUGCCUUCGGUAAGGCUUGGGAUCUGAGCUCGCCCGUGGAUCAGGAGCUGUUUUGGUGUCUGUACAUGGUGCUGCAGCCGGCGGCGCUUCACGCUGGAAUGCCAUGUGAGCAUUACAGCGUGAUGGGCCAGAGGAAGCCGGACAGCAAUGACCGGUCUGUGAGGGAGUUGGUCAUGCGAGUUCUCGCUGAGCAGGAGAAGGGAGGAAGAAAAGGGACGGUUGAGAGUCCAACGGGUAGCCAGCUAUGGAGCGAAGACGAUUGGGUUCGCAGCUUUGGUCAGCUCGCUAGCCCGAAGCCUCCCUGGCAAUAUGCAUCAACAGAUGGUUGCCAAUAUGGGAUGGAAUCCAAGGGCCUGACCGAUGGGAGCUUCGGCCAGCCUAUGAAGAAGGGACAAAUCUGGCUGAGCAACUUUUGUCUGAGUGAGUUUUCCUUGAGGUGCGGUCGUCCUGACGCCCUCGGGCAAACAGAACAUUCUCAUCGGCACAUCAAAGGCUCAGUCAAGAUCGAGGUCUCCGGAGGAACCAAAUGGAUGGGUUGUGGCAUCUUGAGCGGGGUUUAUGAACCUGCGUGCUGCCAUGCUUACAUGAGUUGCUUAAAAAGAGCGCUCCGUAGGUCUCCAGCGCAUUCAAUAUGCCAGAGGGUUCCUCCGCUGGAAGCUGUGUCUUCGCGGAAUGCUGUCUAUACUGCUGUGAGUGAACGGCAAGGAGUUGUCACAUCUGAUGAGCUCAGCGCAGCAGAAAGAGAGCAAUUGGACAAGGAAGUAGCUGCCUUGUCCAAGCAGAUGGACGAGUUAUGGAAAACUCGUGCUGAUCAAAAGGACUGGGGCACGGUAAAGGCGGAUCUCUCGGUUUAUCAGUAUUCUGGCCAGAAGGUCACUGAAGAUCCUCGGCGGACUGUG